AUGGAUGACUCUGCAGUACGAAAGAAGGUUCGCGAUUCCUACAUCGAGACUCGAUCUGGAAGGAGAUCGAGUCGUCGGUGGUCCUUGGGGUGUAGCCGCGAUGCGGUGACGACGACGAGGAGACGUGGGAUGAAGGAGCGGACCAGAUCGAUUCCAUACGCCAUCACCACGAUUGUCGAGGAGAAGCAGAACGGGCCACCGAGCUUGGAGGAGAGAGGUGGGCGUUCUGACGCGUGGUCUCGGCGAAUUUCUCCGAGGUAUGAUGGCCGGAGAAGACGAUCGGAGCAUCGUCGAAUUUCUGAUGGUGGAGAGGAAAAUGACCGAAGCUUCGAGAAUAGGAGAAGGUUGGAGAUGGGCUAUGAUUCUUUUGGUGGGCCGAGUGCGGUGAGCGUGGCGUACACGUGGUCACGGAGAAUUGCUUGGCGGUGUGAUGGCCGGAGACCGGAGCUGAGAAGGAUAUUGGAUUUCUGGGGAAGAGUGGUCGAUGAAAGAAGCUUCGAGAAUUGGAUUUUGGUGGGGCUGCAUCUGAAUUUGGGUUGGAGCGUCAUUGAUUUUUUAAUUGAGUGUUGGGCUGCCUUGAGAAAAAUUGAAUUGGGCCAAGAAGGAAAGGUGGUUGGGCUUUGGGCUGACAAGGGUGAUGAUUUAGGUUGGUUCAUUUUAUUUGCUGCCCUGAUGGACGUGGACUGGGCCGGAUCACAAUUGAAAUUGAUACAAAAAUUAGAAACUAAUUAA